CAUCAAAAUCGGGGACAAAGCUCGAGGUUGCUACUAUAGGAAGCGCUAGUGUCGCCGGGUGCAGCUGCAGGUUAGGCUCGCCAACUUUCCCACAUACAAAUUGGCUAAUUUGUGACAAAUACGAAAAGUGUCUUCUAGAUGUACAAUUAUUCAUAAUCUCAACUUGUAAGAAACUUCUGAAGAAAUCACGAACGUAUACGUUAUCUUUUGUAACAUUAUGGUCCUGCUUGCGACCCGCGAACUCACGCAGCAGUCAGGCACGUUGAAAGUUUUGUUGGCAGCAGUUCCUGUUUUAGUUCCUGUAAAGAAGGUGAUGCUCUAGAGCGCGCCACCGUCAUGGUCCCCACCACGUUAUAUGGGAGUUAUAGGGCCCUGGUGUUGGCGCUUCUGCACCCGGGGCACACGGAGGGUGUUGUAUUAUUGUAUUUUUUUCCUUUUCCCUCCUUACAUUUAUCUGUCCCUGUUGAUAAUGGAACUUUAAACAGGAGAGAUUUGUUUGAGAUUAUAAAUGUGCAUACACUUUGUUUUUAUGAUAUUAAUUUUAAUUACCAAAUAGUUUGAUGGGAUACUUUCUUACCAUCAAUUUUUCAUUUUCACAUCCUUGUACACAGGCAGCAAUUCAAACUGAAAAAGGUUCUUGGGUCGUUAUGUAUGCUGCUACUUCAUGUGCGGCAGAUGCAUAUGCUAGCCCUUGUAAAUGAUCUUUUAAACCCAUGUGAGGUGUCACUUCAAGUUCUUAUGGAUGUUUCUCAUGAUCCUUGUACCACUGAACAGGUGACCUAAUCCAUUCUGGAAGAUGAAACUGUGGCUUCAAUCCUCUUCCAAAGAUGGCUUCUGAAGCAUUUACAAUUGACCCUAAAUGACAAUAAGUUUUCGGUGCAAUCAAAUAUUUGAACUUAGACAAUCCAUUUUUAGAAUUAAAUUGUGGUGCAUAAGCAUUGUUGGACCUGUUACAUUCCAACUCUUUUCUGUUUUCUCAAAAAUUGAUAUAUUUUUCUACACGGCCAGCCUACACGGUAUUUCAAAAUUUUAUGACCGUCCUAGCUAGUCCAAUUCAAAAUUGUGCAGCUAUGGCAAGUUCCAUGAAAAUAUUUGCCUUAGAAUUUGUAAACAUUUGUGACUCAUGUGUGGU